AUGUCGCGGAUAUCCACCUUUGGCCGUGUGGUCAGCCACCUGGCGACCCCCAAUGUCUCCUCGACUACCUGCAGAUCCUGCCAACUACGACUCAGCGCCGCCUCGCAACAGCGCCAAUUGCAGACCUCCGCUGCCCGACCCGCAAUCGCCGACCGCUUCAAGUCUGUCUUUGGCGGCAAGAAGAAGGAAAACACGACCGAUGUCGCCACAACCGACGCAGCAGAAUUCGACGACACAACACGAAAGCCCGAUUUCCCGGGAUGGUAUCUACCAAAGGAGAACCUGCCAGAGGGAUGGGCCAAGUCGCCGCACGAGGACAAGGAAUAUGUUAUGGCAACCGAGGGCAAGGAGUUGGAGCGCGUGGGAAGUGAAAAGUGGCUCGAGCAGCAGUAUGACGACAAGCCAAAAUGGGCAAGAGUGAAGAAGGCCAACGGAUUGACCCCCAAGGAAGCCGAAGAUCAAGUCCUCAAAGCCGCAAAGGAGGCUGGCCUCACAGUGAGCCAAGAGGGCUUGAACUUGGCAGUUACGGAUGUCAAGCAAAAGUUCAAGAUGCAAAUUCCCGACAUCAUCAUGCACAGAGCAUCAACACUCAAGGACUUCCAGCAAGCCAUUCUCACAAAGCCCAAGCCCAAGAAAUUGUCCUUUGCUCUCCUGGGCAACCCGGAACUCAUGGCAAACAGCAACAUUCAGGUUCGCGGGGGCCGUCAAACAUCCGUUCACAAGGACAGAGCGGUCGGCAGGUGGAAGGUGAUUGAGGAAGAGCUUGUCAACAGGGGUCUGCCUGUGUUUGGACAUGGAAUCAAGGCAGACAGGGGUUUCCAGGCCGAGGAAGCCGAAGAACAAACUGCAUAA